CCGUACUUCUAAUGUCAACAGUUUCAUGCAAAGCAAAGUUCGUGAGCGGUGGUAUUUCAUUAUACGGUGAACAAAAUCCAAAUAAUAUAAAGCAUAUAGCUAACUAUUUGUUUAUCUAACCAAGAGCCAAGAAUUUUGUGACGUUUUAACAAGAAAACAAAAGAAAAAAAAAAAAACAAAAUACAUUUAUGAAAGUGAAACAAAAAAAUCGUUUAAAAUAAAAACAAAAAAUAGAGAAAAAGAAUACAGCAAUAACAACGGUAAACAUCAACAAAUUUUGCGGAUGUCAAACAACAAAAAACAAACAAACAUUUGAAGUCAUCAACGGUGGCUUUUGGCGAUUUCUAUUUGAAAGAUUUGUUAACAAAAAAAUAAUAAACAAUCUGAUUUGUUAACACACACAAACAAACAGACGCAGGCACACAUUUUUUAACAUUAUAUACAAACGUAUAUUAUUAACAUAAACGCAAAAGAAUAAUAACAGAAAAUAACACAUUUAUGUAGUGCACAUUGGUAAGUUGCUUUCUUACCAAUGUUUUCCCUCGUUCAAAUGAAAUUCCGUGCAUUAUUGGUACUAUUAUCAAAAGUAUGGACGUGCAUAUGUUUUAUGUUCAAUCGCCAAGUCAGAGCAUUUGUCCAGUAUCAACCUGUCAAAUAUGAACUGUUUCCGCUGUCGCCGGUGUCACGGCAUCGCCUUAGCAUUGUCCAGAGAAAGACAUUGGUAUUGGAUUUAGAUGAGACCCUAAUACAUUCACAUCACAAUGCUAUGCCCAAGAAUACAGUUAAGCCGGGAACGCCACAUGAUUUUACGGUAAAGGUGACAAUUGACCGACAUCCUGUACGUUUUUUUGUGCACAAGAGGCCACAUGUCGAUUUCUUUUUGGAUGUGGUAUCGCAAUGGUAUGAUUUGGUCGUUUUCACAGCCAGCAUGGAAAUUUAUGGUGCAGCCGUGGCUGACAAAUUAGACAAUGGCCGUAAUAUAUUACGACGCCGCUAUUAUCGUCAACACUGCACACCCGACUAUGGUUCAUAUACCAAAGAUUUAUCAGCUAUUUGCAAUGAUCUAAAUAGGAUAUUUAUAAUUGAUAAUUCUCCAGCAGCAUAUCGUUGUUUUCCCCACAAUGCCAUACCCAUAAAAAGUUGGUUUUCCGAUCCCAUGGAUAUUUCAUUAUUGUCAUUACUUCCAAUGUUGGAUGCCCUAAGGUUUACCAAUGAUGUCCGUUCAGUUUUGUCAAGAAAUUUACACUUACAUGGUUUAUGGUAGCAGAUUAAGAAGCUGAAAAUUUGGUGCUGUGACACUUGAACGAAUUUUUGUUUGUUUACUAAAUAUUACAUUGUCUUUUUUUAAUUUAUGUGAAUGAUCAUUUCAAGAAUGAAAGCAAAAAGCAAAUUUGUUAUUUGACUAAAAAAAAAGAAAUAUCUACAAAAUUUAUUAUAAUUUUUGACUUGUACUAUAGAGAAAGAAUGGUACACAUUUACAGAAAAAAUUAAAUUGAAAAAAAAAACUAAUAACAAAACACAUCCCUUCCUCUGUCCUACUUAUUCUUCCACCACCAAACCCCCCCUAUAUCAUGUUUACGUUAUUUAAAAUUUAUUGAUUUUAUAUUAACGUUUAGUAUAUAAUGCACAUAUAGUUGUAAAUCAAUUCUGUAAUAAGUUUCUUUAAAAACAAAAAAAUACAUAUUAUAUAGAUAUACACUUACAUAUAUAUAUGGGGCAUUACAAAUUUAUUUAUAUAUAUAUAUGUUUAAAUAUGUUUUAUAGCUUUGGGGUCCCAUCUUUUCUUUUUUUUUUCAAAUUGUUUAAAUUUGGCGGUACCUUUUUGUGUUUAAUUAUACUAUUUUGUAUAUUGAUACGUUUCGUCUAAUAGCACCGACGGCUAUUUAUUGUAUGAAAUUUGUUCGUCGGGCAAAAUAAAAGAAAAAACAAAUAAACAAACAAAUAAAUUAUUAAUUUAUAUGAAAA